CUGGCUGGCUGGCGGUCAAGGCAGACAAUUGCCCGUCGAGCUUUGUCAUUGUUCGCUGCACUGACCUUCCCAACAAACGCGGCGACAUGCACUGCAAGAGUGGGAGCCACAUACGACAACUGCGUGUAUGACGCAACACUGUCACGUCGCCGUACAUGCGUCACAGCAAGAAAUGGGCUGGGUUGAUGAACUCGUCGACGAUGUCAUUCCCGAAUUCUCCCCACCUUGAUAGCUUCCGGGUGCUUGUAUGCGGACCUGCAUAUCGGUGCAUACCACCACGCCGAACCAUAACUCGCACAGAUCUUGUUGCAUGUCGUUCUCGCAGACCUGGAACGACUCGCUAGGGUCUGUUUGCAAACAUGGUCGAGGCAGAUCUUGCUUCCGUAGCAUAUGCUCAGACUCAAGACGAUGCCGACCCGCUCAGGCAAUUUCGUGAUCUCUUCCUCAUCCCGAGCAAAGCCGACCUCGCCAGAUCCACAAUAGUUUCAGAUAAUGACGAGAGUCCCGCAAGCAACGCAGAUCCGUGCACUUACCUCUGCGGCAACUCCUUGGGCCUCCAACCAACCUUGACUCGAAAAUAUUACGAGGAGUAUUUGUCCGUAUGGGCUCAAAAGGGCGUCUUUGGUCAUUUCAAGCCCAUAUCCGAUACUCAUCUUCCUCCAUGGUUACACGCCGAUGAUGAUGUCCGAGCCGAUAUGGCCACAGUGGUCGGCGCCCAGGAGAGCGAAGUGGCAGUCAUGCAGACCUUGACAGCCAAUCUGCAUUUGAUGAUGUGCAGCUUCUACCGUCCGACUCCAACGCGAAAUAAGAUUUUGAUUGAAGGCAAGGCCUUUCCAAGUGAUCAUUUCGCUGUCGAAUCACAAAUUGCAUUUCACGGCUAUUCUCCGAAGGAUUCCAUGGUUCUCCUCGAGCCCCCAGUGUCAGCAACCUCUCCUGUCCCGUUGAUUUCUACUGCUCAAAUUCUCGAGGCCAUCGACCAACACAGCUCCGAGCUAGCUCUGAUUCUUCUUCCUGGCAUCCAAUACUAUACAGGCCAAUUCUUCGACAUCGCCACCAUCACCGCACACGCUCGCGCCAAGAACAUCACCAUCGGCUGGGAUCUUGCACACGCCGUCGGGAAUGUCCCUUUGCAUCUACACGACUGGGACGCCGAUUUCGCAGUGUGGUGUACGUACAAAUACCUGAACAGUGGUCCCGGCAGCAUCGGAGGCUGUUUCGUACACGAGCGACAUGGCCACAUCACCACCACCAACACAUCCGACUCUUCCGACCCUCAAUUCUCAUAUCAUCCCCGGCUCUCCGGCUGGUGGGGCUCCGCGCAAUCCUCCCGGUUCGUCAUGGCCAACAUCUUCACGCCCAUUCCCGGCGCCGCGGGGUUUCAGGUGAGCAACGCGAGCGUCGCAGACACAACCGCCGUGCGCGCCUCGCUCGACGUUUUCAAGCGGACGACACCCGCUGCGCUGCGCGAGAAAAGCCUCCGCCUGACGGGCUACUUGGAGAGUCUACUCGACGGAUUGGCUGAGAGGCAGCAGGGCGGGGCGCAGUUCUCGAUCAUUACGCCUAGGGACCCGAAGCAGCGCGGGGCGCAGCUGAGUCUCUUGCUCAAGCCGGGAUUGUUGGAGAGUGUCAUGGCGACGUUGGAGGCGGCGGGCGUGGUGGUGGAUGAGCGGAGGCCAGAUGUCAUUCGGGUCGCGCCAGCGCCGUUGUAUAAUUCCUUUGAGGAUGUCAGACGUUUCGUCGAGGUCUUCGAACGAGCGUGUGAGGUUCCCACCGAGUCUGGGAAUGCUGGAGGGAAGGAUGCGACAGGGAGUUUAGGAGUAGACGGCGGCAGGGGUGAGAAGGGCUGGAGUGAGAUCAAGUGAUACGUUUCAUCUAUCGGAGCUAAUGCGCCAUACGAAAGUGUAGUUUGUUACAUUUGAAAAGAGUUACAAACGACCAGCCGUAGACACUUCGUAUUUCAAGAGAUUCGUCCAAUAGAAUUUUACUGCAAUGUGCUAAGGCCACAUUGCUAGAGUAUGGUAUCAUAACGCUCUCAACUA